UUGUUUUUAACAGGUGGCAAUGAACCGAAGGUUCCCGUCUAUCAACCUUGCGCCAUCGCUGUAAAUCCAACUGAGGCUGGUCCAGGAAAGGUUGUGGGUCGUGUCACCGGACCGACUGGUGCGCCUUGCGAUGUACAGACCGUACCGCUACCAAACGGCAAUGUUAACGUCUGCUACACACCGCAGAUGCGCGGUGAUCACGUCGUGGAGAUUCUGUUCGGAGGUCAGGUCAUACCUGGCGGUCGAUUCAACCAGAAAGCCGUGAAUCCCGACGAACUGGUGCCUGCUGUUGUUGAGGAGCGCUUGGAACGGGUACCCAUGUCCACGCAGCAUUCUACUACCAUCACUCAGUAUCACGAGGCGACAAAGACGAGUGGUUACUUCCCCAUCGAUUUCAAGCUUCCAAUUGGGGCCAAAUUCGCAAACGUUGAAGGCAUUGUUCACCCGCCGUCUGGUCGCCCUAUUCGGCCCACUUUACUGGAUAACGGUGAUGGAACAAUCACUGCUCAGUUCCAGCCGACAGAAGCAGGCAUGCACGACCUUGAGAUAACCUAUAACGGCCAGCCAAUCGAGGGAAGUCCCUUCCGGUUCUACGUGGAGCCUGUUGGAUCAGGACGUGUAACUGCCUACGGCCCGGGCCUCAGUCAUGGACGCGCCGGAGAACCUGCAGAAUUCACCUUGGUGACACGCGAUGCCGGCGCUGGUAUGAGCCUUGCUUUUCUACAUUAA